AUGGAACGCUGCAUGUUCUUGGCGGCUGUCUUCUUUAGCUUCAUCGCGCAGGCUGAGAGACAGGUAGCACGUGACAGCGUGGACGGCCUGGACGAGGAGUGCGACAUCCUGCUAUUGCAGACAGUCUUUGCCGUUGCAAACGCUUCGAAACCAACGCUGUCCUCCGAACUUGGACCGGACGCUUUGCCCAAGGAGCGUGAAUCGAGAUCCUUCAGUCUCCUUUCUGUGUUGUCGCUCGAGGUAGAAAAAAAUGCGAGUUCAUCUUCGAACCUCACGGUGAUGCUGUUGGUGGCGCUGGCCAUGGUCUUCAUUAUUCCGUUGAUUGUUUAUCUGCUUUCAGACUCAAGCUCCUACUUGGAGGGGCCAGGAAGUAAACUCCUGGAGCGGGGGAGUUUGGGACCGAGACGGGAGGCUCCAGGGACAUCCUCCAUGAGAGGCUCGGAGCCCCGUUUAUCGAUACAAGCCUCACAGGCACUUGCAAUGCCUCCUACAGCUUUGGCACGGCCUCGUCCAGAUGAAGAUCCUCCAAAGCUUUGUGAGAAUCUUAUUUUGCCCAAGCACCUCGCCAUCUUCCUUGUCGAUGCAGAGCGAUUGAAAAAUCCUGGCUUUGGGCCCUUUCCCAUUUGGGGCGGCUCAGGCAAGCAGCUUCUUCAGGCCGACUUGCAGGACCGCGGACCUGAGGGAGUACAGCUUUGGAUCUGGCCCGUCAACCUGGACUCUCCGGCGGCAGUUGUUCUUCAAAGGAGGUCUUCCAUGCAGUCUGGCCUGGAGAUCUACAAUCGCGACAACCAGUUGUACGGGUUUCUGGAGAACGCCGGCGGCCGGAUGAUGCUGAUGUGCAACGGCUUUCCAGUCAUGGCCGUGGAUGGGAACGCUGAUGCGCUCACCUACACUGCUUGCCGAGUAAAUGGCAGCAUGUUGGCGUCUGCAAGCGUUGUUUCAGAAAAUUUGCGUGUUGACGAUGUGCGUGAAGGUUGGAAGCUGCAGGUGAAGCCAGGUGUGGAUGCUAUUGUCAUCAUGUGUGCCUUCCUGUCAUCCAUUCUGCUCAACCGACGUUCAGGGACAUUCACACCAUCUCUGCCUUCAGCGAGUCCGCGAGUGUCUAUACUUUCCCAAGCGAGUCAUCCUCGGGCCUGA